AUGAGAAGGUCGCCGGCGUUUAGAAGAAGAAUGGGGAGGCGAAAGUGCGAAAAAAAAGAGGCCAAGUCUUGCAGUGGGCUGGCAGAUGAGUUAGUGAAGUGUCUGAGUGAGUGUGAUUGCGUUAAGGUUGAGAAGCGACCGGUCAGGGAAUGUGCCGGGGAGAAGAGCCCAUCAAUAUCAAGCGAGUGCAUUGGUCUUAGGGAAACAUAUUUCAAUUGCAAGAGAGGCCAGGUUGACAUGAGGAAUCGGAUUCGGGGCAACAAAGGCUAUUGAUUAGCGGUAAUGUUUUAUCAUGUCAUGAAAUAAAGUUUUGUACUUUAAUUGUUGAAGCUUAUUGUGAGAUUACUUUUGUAGUUGAACUGGAGUUUAUGUUUUCAUAGUCUAUGAUUCUCUGUAGUUCAGUUGGGUUCUUUUAGUCUUAGGUAUGUGCAAGUAGUUCAGUUGAGUUUCUUUUGGUCAUUCAUGUUGCAGUAAAAAGCCUCAAAUAUUGAUCAUGUACUGGUGCGUCUUAAUUGGGAUGGUGCUUAACUUCUUAUCACAUACAUGUUACUGAGUUACGAAAUAGAGUGUGGCAGUGAUGUCUGUGAUGAUGAAUCAAGACUCUUAAGUACUGAGGGAUUCUCUCUGCUGAGCUCCCAAGCACUUUUUGAGCCACAUUGUAGCACUCUGAUCUCUU